CCGGGACAAUAUGGCUGCAUUUCGGCCCGUGGAACGAGUUUUGCAGCAAACGGCACGGACGUCUUUUUAUCCCAGGGUGGCAGGCCCAGUCUCCACCUGCUGCCGCUGCCCUCUCGGAGCUAAAAGAUAUCUUCUUACAGAUAGUAUCAUGAAAUUAAAAGAAUUUCAACAUAAGAAGUUGGCUGUUGCAUAUAAUCUUCCUGACACCAAAGAAACCUAUUUUAGAAACUUGGAAGAGAAAUUGACCCAGAACAAACUCAUCUUAAAGGACGAAUUAAGAACCUUGCUUCAUUUGUGUCAGACCCAGGACGAUGUGGAGCUGGCUAAAAAUGUCAUUUACAGGUACCAUGCAGAGAACAGAAAUGUCACAUUGGGGGAAUAUAAAUUUGGACCUGUUUUCAUGAGGCUGUGUUAUGAGUUGGAUCUUGAGGACUCUGCAUUGAAGCUCAUCAAAGACCAGCACUUACGAGGUUUCUUCUCAGACUCCACAUCAUUCAAUAUUUUGAUGGAUAUGUUAUUUAUCAAAGGAAAAUAUAAAAAUGCCUUGGAAGUCUUAAUAGAGAUGAAAAACCAAGAAGUGAAGUUCACUAAAGACACCUAUGUCCUUGCUUUUGCAAUUUGCUACAAACUGAAUAGCCCAGAAUCUUUUAAAAUCUGCACUACAUUAAGAGAAGAAGCCCUAAUCAAAGGAGACAUUCUUUCCCGGAGAGCAUCCUGCUUCGCAGUGGCAUUAGCUCUGAACCAAAACCAGAUAGCAGAAGCUGCAUCCAUUUUUUCUCAAAUCAUGAAUCCAGAGAGCAUUACUUGCACAAAUUUAAAUAUUAUAAUCCAUAUCCAGUCAAAUAUGUUGGAAGCCCUGAUAGAUAUACUGACAAAUGCUGCAGAAGGAAAUUUAUCAAGAUUUGUGAAAAAGCAUGAGUUCUCGGAGGAAGUGUUGGCCAAAGUGAGGGAAAAAGUGAAAGAUGUACCCACCCUUCUGGCAAAAUUUGAUGAGAUCUAUGGGAAACUGCACAUAAAUGGCCAAGUCACCACUUACUCAUUGGAUACUCUACUCUGCCACAUCCCCAGGGACAGGAAGUCCCAUACAUUGCUAUUAAACAAAAGGACAAUCAGCCGUCGGACCUUCCAGCCCCUCAGCCAGUCCCUGUUGGCUGAGUAACCUCAUUUUCAGGCUUCCUCAGGUCUAAGGGAUCUGCUUCGAGUGAACUAUUGGCUUUUCUGAGAUGUCAGGCAUCUUACUUUGGUUGACACUUUGCUAGCACCAAGUCUUCUUCCUAAGUCCUGAGUUCAUUGAGUGGUGACAUGCUGAUCAGAGAAGGUAUUAUGUUGUGCCACUGUGAAGAUCCAGAUCAGUCAGAGAAAGCGCCGUUCCCUCAGAAAGGAGACUUCCCUUCUGCGAGCUGCUGAGGGAAGAACGUGGCGGUGUUCACCAGGUGGGAGCCCAACAAGCUCCUGAAAAAUGGACUGCGCUGUAAAUGUGGUCCAUUCAGACUGAUUUUUUUCAGGGAAUAGUAACUUGCAAAUUAUACCCUUGCUGAAUUUAAGAGAUCUAAACCCCUAUCCUACGUUAUUGGAAAAAAUGGAUUUUCUCACUUCCCUGCUAUCAUUUUAGCUGUGUGAUCCUGAAAAGGUACUUGAGGCUCAUUUUUCCAUCUCCAAAAUAAUAGUGCUUAUAUGUGUUUGCAUAAUAAUUUGAAAUUUUCAUUUAAAUUCAGUAGAGUCAGUUUUCUCUAAAAUGAGAGAAAUAAAAACACACCUGAGCAAACUUGUGAUUGUGUUCCCAUUUUGUCAGCAGCACAAACAAGACCAGAAUUCAGUUUUCAGAACUGAUAAGCCAAAUUUAAAUGAUUACUGUUUUGGUCAGGGGUAAACCAUGUACUUUUCAAAAUAAAUGCCAAUAAAAAUGAUAUGAGUUUUCUUUGUG